GCCUAUUAUACAGUACUUCCCUCCCCAAUGCUCCCCAUCGUUCUUCACCCCUCCAUCCGUGAGGCGAAAUCUCUGCAGCUUUCGCGAUGGCGCACAAUCGGAUAAUUAAAAUUCGUAGCUUCUAAGCCACAAGAUGAGCACGUCAUGCAUAGAAGACCUCCCGGACGUUGUGUUAGAGUAUAUAUUCUGCUACCUUUCGCCGUACAGAGACUUCAAGUCGUGCAGACUAGUCAACAAAGCUUGGUACGCUCACGCUAAAGCUGCAGAACGUAAGCUACGCAGGGACUUCCUAAAUUCUGUGUCGCUUCAAAAUGUUGUCUGGUGCCAAAAGCCAACAGAGUCGGGGCCCACCAUUUCAAAGCGCUACUCCCACAGUGCCUGUGUGCUUGGGGACUCGAUGUACGUUUUCGGUGGUUGCACGACAGCGAAUACGACGUUCAACGACCUUUGGCGCCUUGACCUUGCUACCCGAAGGUGGAUUCGGCCACUCACAAUGGGUACCUACCCUCCACCCAAAGCAUGUGCGUCACUUGUGCCGUACAAGGAAAACCUUCUGCUUUUUGGGGGGUGGACGCACACGUCUCCAUACCCGUUGCAUCAGGCAUGGCGCAUCUUCCGCCACCUGCACGUGUACAACUGUAGCGCCAACCGGUGGACCCAGGUGAGCACGGUCGGUGGCUGUCCCUCCAUGGCGGGCCACUCAGCCACCAUGCAGGGCCACCUCAUGGUGGUCUUUGGCGGGCUGCACUGCGCCAACCCGGUCGGGCCAUUCUCCAGUUCCAACGACAUCUGGGUCCUUGAUCUACAGAGUUAUGUGUGGAGCAAGCAGAGGACAACUACACCAAAGCCCUGGCCACGUUAUGGCCAUUCACAAAUUCCCUUGGAUGAAAAACACAUUCUUGUUGUUGGAGGCUGUGGUGGCCCUAACAUGCUUUUGAAUGAUGUCUGGCUGUUGGAAAUUUUUGACAACCCUGAAACGCCAUGGAGCUGGAAGGAAGUGACGGUGACAAACAAGGAGCACGCGGCGCCGCAGCUCUCAUUCCAUCCUGCGUGCAAGGUCGGUGAUAGGGUGGUGGUGCUGAGCAAAUCACAGCGAGCGUAUGCCACGCCCUCUGGGUUGCAUCCAGCCGGAAUGAUGCGAGUGCGGCCGACACAUCGCGUGUGGGUGCCUCCAAGCCCUGAACAGCCAGCCAGGCCUCAGCCGAGUGAUAGUCAGCGGGAUGCAUGCGUCAAUGGAACCCGGGGCGUUCUGAAGAGGCCUCUUGAGUCACUGCCUUCAUCGUCUUCCUCACCAUCUACCUCAUCUUCACCUAGCCAGCCCUCCACGUCAAACCAGGGCCCAUCAGAUUUUGCGCUUCCUGGCUCAUCUACAGCCAGCAGUUCCAGUUGCGAUGAAGAGGAUGAAACGAGUGAUGAUAUGGCAAGGAGGUUGUCCUCAAAGAAGACGGCUAUAUCCACAGUUGGCAGUGCCCGCCCAUCGGUACGCCCCAAUGCCCGGCACAAUCGGCAGAGGCAGCUGGAGUUACUCGACCGUAUGGAGCAGAGGCUCAAGGCCCUUAGAGCAGGAGGGGCAUCGUCUGUCCCAGCACGGAGGCGGCCAACCGUGCCUGUGUGCCCCAUGCGGCUGUACGUGCUGGAUGUCGGUCAGGUGGCUCAGGAAGGCAAGGCAUCGUGGCUGCCACUGCAGCCGCAAGCAGCUGCAACCAGCACUGCUUCCAUGGUUGAAGAAGUGAUCCUGUACUCGCUGGUGCUUGGGCGUGGGGAGCUGAUCCUUUUCGGUGGCAUUCAGAAGGACCUCGUCAACAGGCAGGAGGACACCGAUGGCACUUCUGAGAUCGUCUCAAGCUCUCUGCACUUCAUCACAUCCAAGAGGGAUGUCAUAUGAGCACUUCACGUGCGCCGCCUGCCGAAGUGGCUCAAAUGUUGCUGGUUUCUCGGAUGGCUUGCACGUGCACUUUUGUUGUUGGAGUUGCUGGAAUGUUCCUCUUGUCCUGGUCAUCAUCCCACCAUGCACCAUGCUGUGCAAGUUCACAGUUUUCUGUUUCCAGUGAACGCCCGCAGCGCUCUGCGUUUCAGAGAGCGAGCCGAAAAGCAGAUGUGAUGUUUUUGUUGUUCCACAUGCACUGUCGAUAUGUAUUGCAGUUUCUAGCCUUUAUUUGGCUGGUUGCAGAACUCUGCUUGUUGUGUCAAGCAAAAACGAGAGCAACUAUCUGAGUUGCGAAGACACUGCCGCAUGUGUGCUAAGGAAGCUCUUGUGCAGACAUGUCAGGCUUGGAAAUAUUUUUAAGGAAGUGUUCAUAGCAGGAAGAAAUUUUUCCAGAUAGCGUGAGAGCGAGGUGCAUGAAAGAAAGACAGAAGUUGAUUUGUAAUCUUGCUUGAAAUUUCAUUUUUUAAAAUUUUUUCUUCAGCUUUUCAAUGCAGAUUUAAAAAAAAAUACUAGCUAACCAAUGCAGCUAACAGAAAGUAGAAUGUUUCUGUACAUGUGAUUGUGUGUAAAAUUUGGAGAGGAGUCAAAAUAACCAAUGCCAUAAUUUGGGCUAUUUAGUUGGCCUUAAUAUGUAACUGAGCAGCUCGAAGAAAACACCAGAGAUAUGUAGGACAGCACAAAGCGCACAUAACGUUGUGUGCUGUUGUGCAAUGUAAAUGUAUCUUUUUCAUGCGCCUAUGGUUCGCAUUGUGCAUAAUGUUGAUGACUCUUACAUGUUCGACGUUCAACCACAGUUGAGUAAUGCGAUACGCACAAUGUUGUAAUGUAUGUUGCCCUAAAUAGCUUGUGCAGGCGGAAGCCUGCAAUCAAGGCAGCUGCAGAUGAGUGAAAUGCCAUUGUAAAGCUUUUGAGUGGAUUUCUAGCUUGAACGCUAAAGCCUUCAGUUGAGUUCUUUGCUCAUUGAACACACAUUUCAGGGUGUCUAUAACAUGGGCUACUGUGUGUUGCCACAUUAUUCUUCCACGUAAACACACUUACUAGGUGUUCUAAUUGCAGUUUUUUUACGCACCCUUCACAUUAUGAUGGUUGUACAGUGCGUGCUUGAGCAUCUGAUUUCUAUUUAUGUGAAAUUACCUACUGCACUGCAUCUUUGUUCUCAUUCUUGUUCAAAACUGGCUAAUAUCAUUCGUUAGCCUGUUAUUCAGAAUUCUGGUUAACUCUCUGUCACUUGCCGUUUUGGGUGAUGAAAAAAAGAAAUGCUGCGUUUAAUGCUACAGUUAUACAGAUACAGUCAAACCUUGAUGUAACAAAGUUCAGUGUAACGAAAUUGUUGACGUAACAAAUAAGCUUGAUUUUCUUAAUUUGAUGUCCAUAGAACACCAUGUAUAUUUAGCUUCAGUGUAACAAAGUAAGUUUAUCCACAAUUUCACUGUAACAAAGAUUUCCUGUCGUUGUGAAGGGAUACUGAGACGCUAAAUGGAGACUGCCGCAGAAAUGAUUGGAGUUGGGUUUACCGAAAGUCUGCUGUUACAAAAUGAAGUCCUCAGACAUCGUACACACUUUAAGCUGUGUAGUGAGAAAAAAAAAAGCCCUACUGGGGUUCUUGCAUGAAAAAUGGAUGGAGUGUUUCAGUCUGUAGACCCUGGUUAUAGUUUAGGUGGCAUGGGAGCAAUAAAAGCUCGCUACACAAAUGUGUACAAUAUACAGAUGAAGUGCCGAAUCCAUUUGUGAUGCAUGCACAUUCAGGGUGGCGUGCACAGGUAGGCGUUGCCUACAGAAAGCAAUGUACUUACAUUGUACAUAUAUUCGCUUUCAAUGUGUGUACACAGAGGAAAUGCUACAGGGCAAGCUGUGGGGCAUCUGAACAAGAACUUUGUAUUGAUGCUGAGCUUCCCUCAAACAUUCAGCUGCAGAAACAGCAGAGACUGAUAUGCCUCUGUGCACUGCAACAUGAAGCAAUUCUUGUACGUAGGCUUGGCACAAAAACUACCAAGGUUUUCACGAAACAUAAACAGAAUUUUGCAGCCAGAUACACCCACAUACAUUUCAGGUGGCAUGGGAUUCAUAAAAGCUUUCAGCACAAUGAAGCACAGAAGGCGUUAGUGUGUGGCGUGUAGCAGCAACUACCGUCUACAAAAAGCGAUGCAGUUGGAAAAUGCAACUGGACAAGGCGCAAGGUGUUAGGAAAUGAAUUUCACUAUGGUGCCAAAGCUUAAGUCAAGGAGCUUCUUCUCAACAGAAUGUCAAGUGCAAAAACGAUUGUAGAAGGCACCGUGUUGAUACUUUGCGGAGGUAACCCAGUGUGUGCCGCAUGGCAUUGGCUGACAAUGUGCGCGUCUUGCAAAGGGGUGUGCAGCCCAUUCACGAAUAAUUUACGGAAUUUUUUUUUCUCGAAUACUAUCAAUGCGAAACAUGUGCCCCAUUAUGUGAAAAUCCGUCGUAGUCAGUGGCAUGACCGAAUAAUCGAACUAAAAAUGUCCGACAGCACAGAGCAAGAGCACGUCAAAAAAUGCUUGAAUUGAUGUCACAUUUCUCAGGGAGGUUCCUGUCAACAAAGUAAAUUAAUGGCCCUGAAAAAAAAAUUUGGCGCAUUUCGGUCUCGGUGGGGAUCAAACACGGGCCUGCGGGGUGCGAGGUGAGCACGCUUCCCUGACGCCAUGGCGGCUCCACGGUUCUGCUCAUCUAAAGGUGUGCCUAGUGCAUGCGUCUUUGCACAUGCCAUGUCGCAGCCACGAGUGUAUAGAUUGAAAAGCAUUAAUCUCCAUUUGAAAGCUGCUGAACAGUCCUUCGAGUUAUAAAGUCCUUGUGGGCAAGCAAGCAUGUUGAGACGCACUUUGAUUUGGCCUUACCGAGGUGAAGUUACAAUACAGACGAGAGCUUGCAUGGACAAGGAGUGCUCAGGGAAAAGCAUUUCACCAAAGCGACAAUCACCCCUUCAGUCAUGAAUUGUGAUAUUCUAUAGCGAAACUUUUAAAACUUGCAGGCGUGUAUUGACGUUUUAAGUGUCCAGAGUGUGAAGAAAAAAAAUUCACCUCUCUAGGACAGUUAUGCAAAUUCUUUUCACGUCCUCAUAUGGAGACAUCGUGACACAAUACUAGCUCUUUUUUUUUGCAAGUACGCUUUGACAGUUUACAGGAAGAAGGGAAAUUAUUUAUUUAAAGUUGUGCAAGUGUUGCAGUAACGAGUUCACAGGUUGUGAUAUUGGAGGAAGCAGUCCUAAUAAGCUGCACUGCGCAAGAAAACAUUGUAUUUUCAGCAGCAGACCACGGUUUUUGCCGCACACUUUUUGUACUUGCCCCACUGCUGAAAUGGCGACUGGACUUGCUGAAGCCAGUGGUCCUUUGCAACGUACCUUACGCUUAGAGCAAGAACGGUGACUUGAAAUGAGUUUUUGAGGAAUUAUACAAAAAAAAGAAUGUUAAAUUGUAGCACAGACAAAAUUCUCAAAUACAAAAACGAACAGCCCGGGCUGGUUCUGCAGGUUUGCUUUGCCCAAAUAAAAUCCUAUUGGUCUGGCAUCAAACUAGGAGUCACUGAUGUCCAGACAACCACUCGAGGUGCGCGAAAUAAUUGCCAGACCAACGUAAUUUGCUCGAUAGUCCAAAAACUAGAGUGUCUAGCACCUUCACAAUUAAACUGUGUUUAUGCCAAUCUUCAUUCUACAUUUAAAUAUUUCUGCCACUCGAAAAUGAAAAGAAUGCUCAAAAGACAAUUUAAUUCUUUGGCAGUGAACUAGAUAGCUAGAUAGAAAACUAAAACUAAAGUAAUGUUUAACAGUCUCGGAAGAGAACAGCAGUUUACAAUAGGCAGCGAGGCACUGGAAGUCGUAAGGGAAUACAUCUACUUAGGGCAGGUAGUGACUGCGGAUCCGGAUCAUGAGACAGAAAUAAUCAGAAGAAUAAGAAUGGGCUGGGGUGCGUUUGGCAGGCAUUCUCAGAUCAUGAACAGCAGGUUGCCAUUAUCCCUCAAGAGAAAAGUGUAUAAUAGCUGUGUCUUACCAGUACUCACCUACGGGGCAGAAACCUGGAGGCUUACGAGAAGGGUUCUACUCAAAUUGAGGACGACGCAACGAGCUAUGGAAAGAAGAAUGAUGGGUGUAACGUUAAGGGAUAAGAAAAGAGCAGAUUGGGUGAGGGAACAAACGCGAGUUAAUGACAUCUUAGUUGAAAUCAAGAAAAAGAAAUGGGCAUGGGCAGGACAUGUAAUGAGGAGGGAAGAUAACCGAUGGUCAUUAAGGGUUACGGACUGGAUUCCAAGGGAAGGGAAGCGUAGCAGGGGACGGCAGAAAGUUAGGUGGGCGGAUGAGAUUAAGAAAUUUGCAGGGACGGCAUGGCCACAAUUAGUACAUGACCGGGGUUGUUAAAGAAAUAUGGGAGAGGCCUUUGCCCUGCGGUGGGCGUAACCAGGCUGAUGAUGAUGAUGAUGAGAUAGCGCAACAAGUUCAUGAAAGCAUCGGUAGUUCAUAUUUUUCGUGAUGUGUAUGGGUCGCCAGCAUGGUAAAGAAAGAAUGAGUAAGUCAUGGUGUCUCCAUAUGGAAACACAGAUCAAAACGGGGUCAAACCUAUUCAGUAACAAAACCCUAAGUAUUGAGCAACUGUUAUUCAUAAAUUGCAGCUUUCUUUACAUAAAACGGGUCUUUAACAGUUCUGAAUGAAUGGGGCUGCAGUAAAAGAGAAAUCCUUUAGAGGAGCUCCCGUAAAACUAGGGGAGCUCCCGUAAAACGUGGAGGCAUCCACUUUGACACAUUUUUAUCUUCAGUAGGGUUUCACUGCUUCAUAUCAGAUGGUGCUCAAUAGAUUUAUUUGUGAGCAGUAAAACAGUGCUAAACAACAGGACGAGGACAGGGACACAGGCACUAGCGCUGACUAACAACCAAGUGUCUGUUUACUGUUUUUACUGUUUUGACCUAGUGUCUGUUAACUGUUUCACUGCUUGUAAACAUGAACCAACCAGCCCAAAUGCAUACUCUUCUACAUUUACUUGUGUCUUGAAUAUUAGUCGCACCAGUGUGCAGCGUGACUUCCUCGCAUUUUGAUGAAAGAGGCAAUGAAGAAAGUUGCGUCUCCAUGUGGAGACAUCGUGACUGAAAGGGACAAUGCUUUUGCACUUGCACACAUAUUUGCCAAAUAUUUACGUUCGAAUUUAGGGGUGAAACCCUUACACGAAAAUAUACUCUAUUUUCGUGUAAAUAAAUUUCAAUGUUACAAAAUACUGUGCCAUUUUUAAAGAGAAGCUUUCUUUGCCUCUUCUCCAUGCUUUGUGACUACUGGCUGCUAAGCUCAUUGCCAACUGCCACACUACCCACUAGGUCACUACCCACUAGGCUUGCCUCUAUGUGAUGCUAAUACCCCAUAGAUGGCACUACUGUGUUGCCGUGGCUUCCCACUUUCCUCCUUUUGCCUCCCCUCCCGCUAUGCUUUGCUGUCUUGCCAAGUAUACUCAGGUCUACCACCCACUCUGUGUGAUGUUAUGGUCCCAUAGAUGGCACCAGAAUGCUUUCAAGACUUCCCUCUCUUCUUUCUUUCCUUUACCCCCAACUUUGCAGGGGAUGGCUGUCUUGUUAAGCAGGUGCAAGCACACUACCGUACUACCCAUUAGUCUUGCCUCUUUAAUGCACUAGGACUUCACAGACGGUGCUACAAUGCUGUCGUGGCUAGAGUCCCUGUAUAGGCUCCCUUUAGUGAGCCAGAGUUAUGGCGCUGUUAUUAGCGUGCCGCUAUUGGCCGAGCGCCAUUGCAUGGUUAAAAUGGGCUCCACUGCAUUGCGGAGAAGCCAACACUUUGCAGGUCACACCAACACUCCACAGGAACCGGUCAAAUCGGAAUAAUCACAGCAGCACUUCUAUUAUUCUUGUUGCAUGUUCCUCGAUGGUGUGGCUGAAAGACGUGUUUGCAGGUGUUUUCUUGGCUAAAUUGAGGAAUCAAUCAAUGUCACAUUACACACAGACAGCUCUUGCAGUAGCAAACGGUUAUAAAAAAAAUCCUUUCCUUUUUUUCUGUCUAAGCAUGGCGCCGCAGAAGUUGCACAAUUCAACACACACACGAAAACUUUAUUUGUACAAUAAGCUUAACACAUGCAGCGUUAGUCAGUGCAUGUGUCUGCUACAUAUGAGACCCUAAGGUUCAAUAUGAGGGUCAAUGCAAACAAUGUACGAGUGCAUGCAAUUUCUUGCAUCAUUCACCUGGGUCAUAUUUAGCAUCCUUACCUUGCAUGUAAGGAAUGUUGGACGCAACAGCGCUGUUGCUUAAGUAUGCGCAUUUGCGUCUUUGUACUGUUGUGAGCCGUGAUCACAUGCAUGCCUAAUAAAAAUUGCAGCUAAUCUAUGAAAGCUUACCAUUAUAUUUGACGCUUUGCACAGGAAUGGGUAAGGCUCAUGACGUUGCCACCAGCAUUGGUGUAUGUGUUCGUCACACGCUACAUUUUCAGUAAUUAUUAGAUGAAAAGGUACGCCAGCGUAAAAUCUAGGCUCAUAAUGAUGAAGUAAGCGAUGAACUUGUACUUACAAAAAAUAGAAAUAAACAAACAAAGCAUUGCUGGCAUGUAUGUGCGCAUGCGGCUCGUACACGUAUGGGGAGUUGCUUUUCCACAUAACUUUGGAGCCCAAGUUGGCGCACCAUGGUGCAACUCUGGCUCCAUAAAGGGAGCCUAUGCAGUAACUCUAGUUAAACGGCUGGGGUGCUUCAAUAGUCAUGGCUUUCAAUUUCAUACGGCAUGGUGCAUCGCGCUCUGCCUUCACGUCAAGGGUGAUAAACACCGAGGAAUGCAGUGAACAUUUAAUCCAAAAAUGCGAAAUGGAGCAGAGUUGUUAUGCAGGAAAAUAUGGCUUUGAACAUGAGCGUUCGUUUUUGCAUAAAUGAGAAGCGGUUCAGCAUCGAUACACAGUGUUGAGACGGCAGUAUAAGUGGACUGUGUUGUUUACAUAUGCAAGCGAGUACUUUGAGAAACACUUCGCACAGGAUAUGUUAAUUUUAGUGCGAAUUGGACGCGGUACAUUCUAAUUUCAAGCAGCCAUAUCUGCAGUGUUGGAGUACCUUUCAUUCAUGCUGAGUGAGAUGUUUUCCAAUGAAAACAUAUCCAACUUUGCUGCGUGCUCUGUACUUGCAAAUUGUCCCUAAACAAGAACAGUGUUCCUUGUAAACGACAAUGAAAGCUUUGAUCAAUUGAAUUCCCACGUGUGGGAUCCACAUCACUAUCAUCAUGACUUAUUACUUUGUUAUAUUGAGGUUUAACUGUAUAACAAGCGACAGUAAAGGCAUACCUAAGUAGGUAACAAAAGAAUGUGUAACAGUGUAUUGACAACAAUUAUGUCUGACAUUCAGCCACAUGUCACAUUAAAGGAGCCCUGAAACACUUUUCGAACAUAGUAAGAAAGCAUUGCCAAUGUGUUAAUGAGGCUCCUGUGAACAUGCGAGUCAAAUAUUAUUACACUGCAUGCAGCAGGGAAUUUACAAUCUCGUCAGAAGCAGUGAAAAAUCACUUGCUCUUCCUUCCACAAUGUCGUCGUGCAGAGUCAUUGCAAGCAGCUGGGCCCACAACAGCUAGACUGGUUUUGUGACCGCGAGAACAUUCUCUGUAAUACACCUAUUGCUCAGUUGAGUUAAAUGAAAAAUAUAUGUGUGAUUUCAAAAAGAAAGAAAAACCAUUUCAUAUUUGCACUGUUGGUCUAAACACGACACUUGCGUGUUGCUGCAUCUGCUGCGAGUGUAGCGUAGAUGCAGCGGCCACCACAGGGUGCCACCGCAAGCUGUCUCGCGUUCAACCUUUGGGAGGGGCUAGUGGGGCAUUACUCCUGCUUCCAGCGUGCCAGUGCAAAUGAAAUGAGACAGUAAGCCGCUGAUCAGUCAGAAAGCUAUGUCUAACUUCAUUUGUGCUUCAAGGAUUCGCAAAAUUUUUGCAGCAGGAGAUUUGUGGGCCAACCUAAUUUAAUAGUGAUGUCAUUCUAUGAUUAGAAAAGUGUUUCAGGGCCCCUUCAUAUGUGCGUACAUGUAUAUGUUGAGAGUGAACAUGAAAAUUUGCAUUAUCAUUGGGUUUUGAAAUAGCAGCUAGCAGCUUAUUUUACACCUUUGUUGUUUUGAUCCGAUGUUCCCUUGAUUUAAUGGAAAGAUUAACGGAAGGAGUCUGUUUGGGGCAUAGCUAUGCUGGAUUACUGUGUUGUACUAAUUUGUUUGCGUGUUAUGCUUUCCUAGAACUUAUUGUGUUGGUGUUGAAUAUUUAUGUUUUGUUGCAGUCAUUGAAGAAUAGUAGGUUUUAGUGAUUUUGAUUAUGUUUUUGAAUAUAAUUUCGGGCUUAUUUUAAGUGAAAUCCAGCUAUUUGCAUUCUUGUACAAAUUAGUGUGAUAGUGAAAUGGCUGCAGCUCUAAGCUUGGCCUCAUCAUAAACAAAAGUGACAGGCUUGUGAAAGGAAUGUCGUCCACGUUUAUUACCAGGCCAUGGUUUAAAAUAUUGCCAAGAACAGCAUUGGUCACUUGGGUGCUGUUAGUUACUUGCUUAUGUUCUAAGGCUAUCUUAAACAUUGCUGGAGUUCUUUCUCUGAAUAUGUUUCAUUUCAGCUGGCCAUGGGCUAUGCUCUCUUAAUGUAUUAGCAUUUGUGACGGCUAGGUCUCUUGAUGAGUGGUUCCUGUCAGACAUCUGUAACUGAACUGAGGUCACCACCGUUACACAACUGAAUCAUUGUGCGAAAAUAGUUGGCACAGGCUCUAAUUACCUCCAGGCAUACUGAUAACGCUCGUUAGGUGCAGCUGCUGUGUUCACCCAUUUAUUUUGAUUCUUUAAGCAAAUGUGGUUUUUUUUUUGUUACAUUCCACGUGUGCUGUCUUCGGUAUUGCAUGCCGGGUUUGCAUUUAAGUAAUAAAUUUAAAAAAAUUUUUGAAUAUCGUUAAAUUAAAUUAAAAAAAAACAAUAUUGCAAAUCUGUAGACUGCACACUGCACCUGUGGAGACAUCUAAUGCAAAAAAAGAUUGAUGUAUUAUACAAUGCGCUGAAAUAUACCAUUCUUUCUGUAGAACUUUUGUAAAACACUCAUAAACAUUGUAACAAUUUCAUAUGAUCUGUUAAUUCGUACAUCAAAUUUGUCCACUUCAGGUGCUCUUCUAAGUUCAGGUUACGGAACUGCGAUAUCUGUUUUUAGUGUACAGUUAACAAUUUGUAAACUCGGUGGUUCAGCUUUUUUUAACUCACCGAGUUUUGGCGAUUCUUGUAUGAACUAAGAUGUACUAAAUUAAAAUUCUGCUUCAUGCAGUCAAUAAAAUGUAGCUUUUUCUCUUA